AUGUCGGAAGCUGGCUUGGAGUCACGGCUAGUUCAUACUCUGGCGGUUAACACAGCCAGACCCUCUAAACACCUUUUUCUGUCCCCUUCGUUCCAGCGCCUUGCUCUCGCCUCCUGGAUCAAGGAAAACAUUUGCAAGAAGGAAUGCUGCUUUUUUGAAAAAGAUGGAAGGUAAGCUGGGCUUGGGGAUGUGUGUAAGUGUGGCUACGCAAAAACUGAUCAUACAGACGAAGCCAUCAAGCCAGAAGACUUCACAGGCGAGUCGUGGAACAUACACAGACAUGUCCGUGAAGCGCCCACUGACGCUUUUGGAGACAUCAGCUUUGGUGGUUUGGGACAAAAGACAGGCAAGUACGCCCGAGUGUCCACAGACACCAGCCCUGAGAUCCUGUACCAGUUAUUGACUGAACAAUGGAAACUGUCCCCCCCCAAUCUACUGAUCUCAGUUACCGGAGGAGCCAAGAAUUUCUAUCUGAAGUCUCAUCUUAAGAACAUGUUCCACAGAGGGCUGAUCAAAGUGGCCCAGACAACAGGUGCAUGGAUCAUCACUGGUGGUACCCACGCAGGUGUGAUGAAGCACGUGGGGCAGGCUGUGAGGGACUACGCCAUGAGUAGCUCCAUGCAGGGCAAGAUUGUAACUAUUGGAGUGGCAACAUGGGGGAUAAUUCAUAACAGGAAAGCACUGGUGCAUCCAGAGGGAUGCUUCCCUGCCCAUUAUUUGAUGGACACUGGGAACCAGGGCCAACUAUCCACUCUCGACAGCAACCAUACCCACUUCCUACUGGUGGAUGAUGGAACCCACGGACAUUAUGGUGUAGAGAUUAAAUUGCGUAGCUGCCUAGAGAUGUGGAUCACCAGAAAGUGUCUUGGAAAUAAAGGGACUGGUGUGACUAUUCCUGUGGUGUGUGUGGUUUUGGAUGGCGGACCAGGCACGCUGAAUACCAUCUACAAUGCUAUGCUCCAUGGAACACCAUGCGUGAUCUUGGAGGGCUCUGGGAGAAUAGCAGAUGUUAUUGCACACGUGUCAGGACUGCCACUAAUCCGAGUCACUAUUGCCCUCAUCCAGCAGUUGAUGAAGAAGUUUUUUGGUCAAGAGUAUGAACAAUUCUCAGAUGGCAAAAUCAUAGAAUGGACCAAGAAGAUUCAGGACAUCAUCAGGAUGUCACACCUGCUGACAGUGUUCAGAGUGAGCGAGGACUAUCACGGGGAUUUGGAUGUGGCCAUUCUUCAAGCACUACUCAAAGCCUCAAGAUCCAGUGAAUUCCUGGAAGUUGAAUGCUGGAAUAGGCAGCUGGAGCUGGCUAUAACCUGGAACCGGGUGGAUAUAGCUGAGACUGAGAUCUUCACUGAGGAGAGCCAGUGGAAGUCCAACGACCUCCACUGGGCCAUGUUCUCAGCCCUGGCUGGCAACAAGCCUCAGUUUGUGAGUCUGUUGCUGGAGAACGGUGUGAGUCUGAGGGAUUUCCUGCAGGAGGAGGAAACUCUGUGUGAGCUCUACACACAGCUGCCCAGCUGCUUCUUUCUGCGCAAGCUGGCUAAGCGGAUCCACAGUGCUCGACGCAGCGGGAGGCAAGCUUUCGGCAUCAGACCUCGAGCUUGCAGGGAGCAAGGCGAAAAGAUCUCCUUAACUUAUGUCUCUGAUGAGGUGCGCCACUUGCUGGGGAAGUUCACCCAGCCCCUCUAUCCUCCCUCCACCACCACAGACCAGUUAAACAUGUCCAUGGAUGAAACGUCACUGUCACCGUCUAAAAGUCAGACAAGUUCCCAAGCUCAGCUCAGGGAGGACAGUCCUGAAACACAGAGGGACCCGGGCACAGACCUUUUCCUUUGGGCUGUCGUCCAGAAUAACAAGGAACUGGCUGAAAUUGCCUGGGAGCAGUGUAGGGAUUGUAUGUCUGCUGCUCUGGCUGCCAGUAAGAUCCUGAAGAAAAUGGCACGAGAAGGAAGCGAUGCAGAUGAUGCAGAAGAAAUGCGAGAACUCGCCAAUCACUAUGAGAAACAUGCCAUUGGUGUCUUCACCGAGUGCCACAACAGUGACGAGUCACGCGCUAAGAAACUGCUGGUUCGCAUGUCACACUUGUGGGGCAGAACGACAUGCCUGCGGCUGGCACUCGAGGCAGAUGACAAAAACGUCAUAGCUCAGUCUGGUGUUCAGGCUCUGCUGACUCAGAUCUGGUGUGGUAAGCUUUCAGUAGAGAACCCUGUGUGGAGAGUGCUGAUCUGCAUGGUGUUUUUCCCUCUUAUCUUCACUGGCUUUCUGUGUUUCAGCUUGAAGCCCAUGAAGCCUCUGGGCUGCUGGUCCAGGCUGAUGUACCUGUACACCUCCCCACAGGUUAAAUUUUACUGGAACAUUGUAUUUUAUUUUGCCUUCCUCUUCCUGUUUGCUGUGGUGCUGAUGAUCGAUUUCCAGAGCACGCCCUCUGCUGGCGAGCUGCUGCUCUACAUCUGGCUGCUCUCGUUGGUGUGUGAGGAGAUCAGACAGCUCUUUCAUGAUCCAGAUGGUUUUGGGUUUCGUAAGAAAGCCAAGAUGUACAUCAAUGAGUUUUGGAAUAUUUUAGAUGUCCUCUCCAUCGUCCUGUUCCUUAUCGGCCUUGCAUUUAGGCUGACAACCGAGCUGUUUUAUCUGGGUAAAAUCAUCCUCUGCAUCGAUUUUGUGGUCUUCUGCCUCCGUCUCAUGGCCAUCUUCACGAUCAGCCGAACCCUUGGACCCAAAAUCAUCAUAGUCAGAAAGAUGAUGAUGGACAUGUUCUUCUUCAUGUUCCUCCUGAGUAUCUGGGUGGUGGCUUAUGGUGUCGCCAAACAAGGCAUCCUCAUCCACAAUGAAAAUCGUCUGGAUUGGAUCAUCCGUGGGGUGCUUUACGAGCCAUACCUCAUCAUAUUUGGCCAGUUUCCCAAAAAUAUUGAUAACACUGAGUUUGACAUGAACUCUUGCAGCGUGAAUGCUACAGAUCCCCUGAAGCCUAAAUGUCCCGUGUUGAACGAAAACCAGAGCCCGGUCUUUCCUGAAUGGCUCACCAUCAUCAUGCUUUGUGUUUAUUUGCUCUUUGCCAACAUACUGCUGCUCAACCUCUUAAUAGCAAUUUUCAACUUUACAUUUGAGGAAGUCCAGGACAACACAGACAAAAUAUGGAAGUUUCAAAGAUACGAGUUAAUUAAGGAGUACCACAGUCGACCUGCUGCCCCUCCUCCUUUCAUCAUCCUCAGUCAUAUCUACCUCUUCAUCAGAAGCAUGGUGCUGUGGAGGCCCCCCAAAAUAUACAAAGAGUUCAAGAAUGAGCUCAACCCGACAGAGGAUGAGGAGCUGCUGACCUGGGAGUCCUUGAUGAAAGACAGAUACUUGGUGUCUGCACGGCAGGAGCAGAGCCAGAGCACGGAGAGACGCAUCCUGGACACAGCCCAGAAGGUUAACAUCAUAACUGAUCUGCUGGAGAGAAAUGGGGAAACGAGCGCUGCUGCCAUGCUGAAAAGACUGACUCAACUUGAAGAGCAGGUCAGCCAGUCUACUAAAGCCCUGCAGUGGAUUAUGGAUAGUCUGAAAUCUCAGGGUCUGCCCUCAAAAGACACACAGUCACGGACUCCAGCUGGCGUAGAUGAGACCCCAGAUUCUUUCAGGAAUACAUCGGAGAAAGGAAGCGGUUUCCAUGUGUAUUCCCGUCAGUUUUCCUACCCAAACAGCAAACUCACGCGCUUCCCUGUGCCUGAGGAGAAGGUGCCCUGGGAGGUCAGUUUCAGCUCAUACAAACCAACUAAUUAUACCUCUGACGACAGCGAAGACCAUGUGGAUGGAUCAGAACCAGAAGCCUUAGCUAAUUACAGAAACCCAGGGGGGAGGACGGGCAUCAGUGGGCGUGGGGCACUGAGCCGCCUGGGUCCAAACCUCAGUGUAGAGCUUGUGAUUACACGCUGGCGAGACAGCGAGAAGUCAGUUCUGGAGUACCUGGCAGUUUUUGACGAGAGUCGAAGAACUUUAUCUUUACCUGGAGGCCCUGUUGAUUCUGCUGAUAAACUGCCACCAACUCUUAAAAAAACGAUGGGGAAAAAGCUGUAUGAAACGAUCAACGCAAAACUGUCAGAGGGAACAAAGGUGUUUGAGGGUUAUGUGGAUGACUGCAGGAACACGGAUAACGCCUGGGUGGAAAUGACUGUCCUAAACAUUCACCUGGAUAGAAAAAGCCAGGUGAUGGUGGACAUCAACAACACGGUGCUGAGCAGUAACGGUGCUCUUCAGUGGCAGGAGGUGAGCAGCAAAGCCACACUUAGCUCAAACCAAAGAGAGUCGCUGCGGCUGGCUGCUGCGCUGCACAACAGGAAGUUCUGACAUUCACGACGCUGCGGCUGUAAAUGUGCCUCUACAUCUCCCCGUCACUGCUGCCUUUUCUUUAAAUAUGUCGAUUAAUUGUGUUGCACUGAAAGCCAUAAUCUACAUUGUGCUGCUGCUGACUAUGAAAUGAAUGUUGAACCUACACUGUUAACUGCUGCUCACUAAAAACAAUCAAAUAUUAACAUUCAGAGAAGAGUGGCUACUCCUCCACACUGAAAGGAGCCAGCUGAGGUGGUCUGGGUGGUCUAGGUGAGGUGUUUCAGGCAUGUCUUACUGGGAGGAGGCCCCGGACAGCUGGAUCAGCUGGGCCUCUCUGCUAAGACCCCCUGCAACCUGAACCUGGAUAAGAAAUUGGAGGAAUAAUUAAAGGGGACUAGUUAUGUUGAUUUCCAGCUCUCUAUGUUUUUUUUAAAUUUCAAUUCUACUAGAGUAGCUUUGCAUGAUUCACAGCUCAAAAUAAUCCUUAUUUAUCUUUUCCUGACUAUGCAGCCCUUUAGACUCUCCCCUUUCUGUGCUCAUACCAUAUUGGGGAUAUGUACUCAGUGAUGACUUACAGAGCCAAGAAUAUUAUAAA